UCCACUGAGUAACCCAAAGACAGACAGUGAACAAGCUCCGCACAGGCUUAAUAUCGCCAGAGAGAGGUGAGGGCACAGAAUCAAUGAGGGAGAGACUUUCCAUUUAACCGUCGAAAGGCAGGAAGGACACCAGAUUCUACAGAUCUAUUAUGAAUGGAAAACUUCACGUUUAAAGAUUACACUUGAGAUGAAACACACUGAAAGUGGAUUAAAUUUAUCUGCACAACCAGUAAUAUCUUGUCUGACAAGAUCCCACUGAAGUGAUCAUCCACGAUUGGAACUAGUUUUGCUUUUAUAAUCCUAGAUAUAGUAUAUUUAAACCAUUCUGUAAAUUGUAAGGACAGAUCGUGGAUGUGGGGAGACAUAUUCACCUGUCGGAGAGAAUUUGGAUGGUAUUUCUCAUGCAAGUGUUGUGUGUGAGUGGUAGUAAGCUGUGGGAGGUGCCCACCGCCCCCCUCACACCCCAAACCAACCUCAGUAUGAGGCUGCUUUGGAAGCCACAGUGUCUGGCUCAGCUACGCCAUCUACAGAACGAGGAAAGAAUCACAGUCACCAUGCCACCCAAAAUGGAGGGCCACUGGGUGUCAAGCAGGUGUGAGGUACGACCCGGUCCAGAAUUCCUCACUCGAUUCUACACAUUUUACCAAAGCCCCACACGUCUCUUUAGAGCCCUCCAACACUACUAUUCAGACAGUGAUUGCCAAAUCCCAGCCUACUCCCUUGUGAUCAGGGGUAAAUUGCAGCUUCGCCAGGCCUCAUGGAUCACCCAUGGGGCAACAGAAGCUGAGCACCACCUCCAUAAAGUAGGUAUGGUCAUUCACAGUCAGAAGGCCAUCCAUAAUCUUGCUACUCGCCUGUCAUUUUCCUGCCUAGGGCUUAAGGGUGGUGGACACCUUGUUCUUCAUCGCUUUUAUGAACUCUUCAAUGCCAAAGCAGAGAAAGACUGCAUGGGUGCUCUUGGGUUCUCCAUGAUGGAACUGGAGUUGCUGAGGGUGGAGACCCACCACCAUCCUCAUAGCAGACCAGCACAGGAGCUUUUCUUAGGGGAUGUGCACACAGACUGGAAUGAAAGGGUGCAUCACAGACCAACAGGUUACCAGGAGCCCCUGCAGAAUGCAAUGCACCACAUCCACCCAUGCCCAGUCUGUGCCCUGGUAUACCGUGCCUCUGAACAGCAUCCACCCAUUCUUCCCUCAUACCUGUCCAUUCCUCUGGAUCUCAACGGCCGCUGGGUGAGCCAACGCUGUGAGACACGCCCAGCCAUCCUGUUCCUUACUCGCCUUUUUUUCUUCAACGAGGACCAACACACUUGGGAGGGCACCUACCAGCAUUACUCCGAUCCGAUGUGCCUUCAGCCCAGUUUUACACUGUUGGCAUCAGGGCAUUAUGCCAGAGCAGGACAGUCCAUUAAAGUGCACGGCGCAACCGAGCUAGUCUUCAAGGUGACGCGGGCAAAGGUGGCGGUAUUCGAUCGAGCAUUGAUACGGGAAUUAAAUUCGUUGCAAAAUGGAAGUUGUGGGCAGGUGGGUCUGUGGAAAGUGGGUGCUGAGCAAGACAUAACCUGGACGGAUGGUUGCAACGCGCUCGGGAUUCGACUUCCGCACAAAGAGUAUGAGUUGUUUAAGACAGAGAAGGAUCAUAGGGGGCGCCCCCUGUUGUUCAUCGGGCAAAGGGCAACGGAUGGAUCCAGCCCCGAUCGACCUGCAAAAAGGCCAACAUCUUUUCAGACACCAAUGGUGCAAUGCAACACAGGAAUUGGGGUGACGCCACACUACAGUUUCUACAGUGAUCAUUCAACAGGACCAAAAACAAGUUCAGCCAAUACACUGUGUUCUUCAUUGAUUCUGCUGUUAAUCGUGAACAUCUGGUGCUGGAAUAUGUUCAUCCAAAGCUGAUCAGUUCAUUUUGGCAAUUCAUGAUGUGCUAAAGUGCGAUUCACAUACACUGUUCCAAUGUUGGCCUACUUAUGAUAGGUAUCUGGUGCAUUGGAGGGAGAUCGUUCAAUUUGGUGCUAUAGUAAAAUGCUUGCUAAAUAAUUCCAUUGCUGAAAUGUCACUUUUUUAUCUAUAGAGAAAAAUUUUCAUAAAGCAAAAUGUACAUAGAUUCCUCUUUCUAAUCAUAAAGUAUAUCUACAUUAAAUUUUAUUGUCUGUCAUUUUGAGUGUUGUUUGGUAUUUUGAAUUAGACAGGAAUGCUACAUUGAUACCUGUCAGAGACAUUAUGAGGAGGACAUGGACCACAAGUUGAAAAAUGGAUGAGCAAAAUCGUAAUUCUCAGUAUAGCGGCUGUAGGAAUGGAAGUUCUGCCAAUCAGUUAAAAGAGCCAAUUGUCUAUUUUGAUAGAGUGCGUCCUCUUGCACAAGCAUAUGCAUUAACUGGACGAGCCUGUUAGCAUGAUUUGAGUGAAAGAUGUACAGUAUGAUACCAUUGUUGUCAGAUUUUAUUGCUUAUUUUAAAUACGCUAUUGAAUGCAAUCUUGUACAGGUUUAGAAAUUUUGAUGUUUCCUCAUUCAAGUAGAUUGGAGCUGUACUUAUAUGCCAAAAACCUACAUAGAAAAUAGCUGCUCUGGGACAUUACCAAGAUGGCCGCUGAGUGGUCUUACUUGCCUUCAAGGGACUUUGCACCGAUUUCAAGCCCUUACCAUUCUGUCAAAAUACCUUAACCUACAUUCCAGAAGUUAACAAAGAUGAACAAAUGAAAGAAAUGGAAAGCAUUUCGAGGAAACAAUUCAAGGAGAGCCCAAAUGCUUACAGAUGUUUGAAUGGAAAUGCAUAUAUGGUCUACAUUCGGGAUGGUGCAGCUCUCAAGAAUCACAACAUAUUCAAGGCUGUUGUCUUCAAGGCAAUGCAACAUAGCUUAUUUUUGCAAUCUAAUCAAUCUUAUGUAUAUGUAAUCUUUUAAUAAUGGUGAGGGUGCCUUGAACAUAUUUAUUGCUACCAUUAAAGUAAUUUUGAUAAGAAA